AUGAAUGUCAAUGGAAGCCAGGACUACGGGUCAGACCCGACUCCACUGCCCUACAACACAAGCAUGGACUAUGAGGACUACUACCAGGAGCCCGACGCCAGUAGCAUCAUCAUCCCGUCCAUCUACGCCAUCGUCUGCUGUGUCGGGCUGACCGGCAAUGCCAUGGUCAUCUACGUCAUUCUGAAGUACGCCAAAAUGAAAACGGCCACGAACAUUUACAUCCUCAACUUGGCGAUUGCCGACGAGUUGUUCAUGCUGAGCGUUCCCUUUCUGGCCACGUCGGCCGCCGUCCGUCAUUGGCCCUUCGGGUCUCUGAUGUGUCGGUUGGUGCUCAGCGUCGACGGCAUCAACAUGUUUACGUCCAUCUUCUGCCUGACCGUGCUGAGCGUGGACCGCUACGUCGCGGUGGUCCACCCCAUCAAGGCCGCCCGCUACCGCCGGCCGACCGUCGCCAAGGUGGUCAACGUGUGUGUGUGGGGGCUGUCGCUCAUCGUCAUCCUGCCAAUCAUCGUCUUCGCCGACACGGUCCCGGCACAGGACGGCGGUGUGGAUUGUAACUUCCUGUGGCCUGAGUCGGCGUGGUCACAAGCGUUCGUGGUGUAUACCUUCCUGUUGGGGUUCCUGCUGCCGGUCGGCGCCAUCUGCUUGUGCUACUGCUUGAUGGUGGCCAGGAUGCGAGCGGUGGGGCUGAAGGCCGGCUGGCUUCAACGGCGGCGCUCGGAGAAGAAGAUCACCCGCAUGGUGCUGCUGCUGGUGGCCGUGUUCGUGCUCUGCUGGAUGCCCUUCUACAUCGUGCAGCUGGUCAGCGUUUUCCACCGGCCUCCAGACCCGAUGGUCACUCAGCUUUUCGUCAUCCUCAGCUACGUCAACAGCGGCGCCAAUCCCAUCCUGUACGGCUUCGUGUCGGACAAUUUCCGGCGUUCGUUCCAGCGCAUCGUGUGUUUCCGGUGGCUGGAGUCGGGCCUGGACGCGGAGCAGGUGGAUUACUGCGCCGUGGCUCUGAAGAGACACGGCGCGUGUAGCGCCCUGGACUUCCCCAAGGACGGUCUGGCUUCUGAUAUGGUGUUUCGCAAUGGGACGUAUACCUCCCGCACUACCACCGUGUGACCAGGACCAGGACCAGGACCCGGGUUGAGACGAGUAGCCACCACCAAUCAAGAAGGUUUCCCCCCUCUGGGUUACACCGCGGAGAUACGUCAAUGUAAUGUAUAUGUACGUGAUAUUAAAACCACUGAACAUGUUAACUCCCUAAUGUCAGGACACAGAUGGGCUUGGGGACCGAGGUAAAUACGAUUGGAACCUUGACGAGCAGAACAUUUACAGUUCACCAGCUGGAGAAGAACAUUGACAAUACAAAAGAUGUACAUGUUGUCAGGAACAACUCAUUUUCAGUUUUUGAUGUUAAGCACAAGUGAAUGUAAAAACAAAACGGGAACGCUUAGAAGCAUUUACACUCUGAUCCGUGACUUAUCGACAGCCCAUAAGAGGCGGUCAGCCAUUAACCCAUUAACUCAUUAACCCAUUAACUCAUUAACUCAUUAACCCAUUAACCCAUUAACUCAUGCACAUGUGAAAACCCUUUGUUCAUUGGUUGUAAUUGUAAUUGUUUAUUUUCAGAUACACUUCAAUAAACCAGCCACAAUAACCACAUUAUACGGUUCACA